UUCGGUUGCCGCCUUCCUCCUCCUCCUCUUCCUCCUCGUCGUCGCCAUGACGGACCGCUACACUAUCCACAGCCAGCUGGAGCACCUGCAGUCCAAGUACAUCGGGACGGGCCACGCGGACACCACCAAGUGGGAGUGGCUGGUGAACCAGCACCGGGACUCGUACUGCUCCUACAUGGGCCACUUCGACCUGCUCAACUACUUCGCCAUCGCCGAGAACGAGAGCAAGGCCCGCGUCCGCUUCAACCUCAUGGAGAAGAUGCUGCAGCCGUGCGGGCCUCCCGUCGACAAGCCCGACGAAGCCUGAGCCGCCUGCCCCCCCCCACCCCCGGAAGAGAAGGGGCGGGAAACGGCAGCCGGGGCGGGGGGGGGAGAUAAACUUUGGGAAGCGCCGCGACGGGACGCAGCUUCUUCCCUUGCCUGAGGCCGCCUUCUCUGGAACAAACCCUGCCCCUCCGUCCCCUCCGGCUGCUUGUUGCGCUCCCGGGACCAACUUUCUUUCGAUUCCCAGGCACCUUCGGAGAGCGGGGCUUGUGAACUUCCCUCAACUCUGCCCCGAACUGCGAGAAGCCCGCCCAGCGCGCGAGACUGAGGCAGAUGGUUCCCCUUGCACGGAGGCGGCGUGAAUUUCUUGGAAGAGGCCUGCAGGACUCCUGAAGGCGACGCGUCCCCGUCCCCCCGCGCCUCAGUCCUGAUUUUGUAACUUGUUUUUGGAGGAAUUUAGGAACUAUUUAAUAAAUUCCACACUCUGCCUUCUAA